AUGCCUUUACCAUCCCUAGCAUUUCUUUCGGCGCGUAUUUUCAUUUACUUUUACACUUGCCUGUCGUUCCAUUGUUUUCUUAUUUUAUGAGAAAGAAACGAAUCCAAAACGAAAAUGGACUUUGACAACGCGAAGGAAAACAUACAGCCUUUGGCCAGCGGUCGAAAUGUGAGCUUGCUUCAGGCGUCCCUCUCUCAGGACUCCGCACAGAGCCAGGAGCUCCUGGCGCAGCGCAAGCAAAUGGAGAAGGAGGUACACACAUACAAUGGCAGUGAUCCGCUUGAGCCGUGGUAUGCGUACAUCUGCUGGAUCGAGCAGAGCUAUCCCGCCGGCGGCAGCGGUUCUGGCCUGCAGACGGCCCUAUACCAAUGCCUGACAAAAUUCGAGCAGGAUGAGCGGUACAGACAGGAUAGGCGGCUCAUCAAGCUCUUCAUCAAAUUCAUGGAAAAGCAGGAGGACCAGAUCGAGUGCUACCAGCAGCUGUACAACAGCGGAAUCGGCACGAUGCUGGCCGACUUCUACAUUGCCUGGGCAUACAGCUACGACCUGAGCGGCAAUAUGCGCAAGGCCGACGAGAUUUUUCGUUUGGGCCUCCAAUGCCGUGCCGAGCCGCAGGAGGAGUUGCAGGAGGCCCAUCAGCAUUUCGGUUACACGGUUGGUCAGCGCAUGCUCUACUCCGAUGGUGAUGAGGCUAAUGCCGUCACCCAAGAGCUGAAUGAGCGUCGUCUGGCGUUGCAGUCACUGCAUGGUCGCCGUGCGAGGAGCAGCCACACCGUCACAGUGGGCAGCGUGCGCACUGGUGGAGCGGUCAAGAGCCAGUUUCCGGGCGUGGUGCAGAAUGAUGCUCCCACUACAAGUCGCGCGCGCAAUGCCGGUCGCAAUGUGGAGGUGUUCAACGAUGAGAACAACGAUAUCAAUAUCCCGCCUCCAGUUGUGGACACGGAAGUGAAGUCGAGCUUACGAUCGAUCAUCGACGCGGCACGAGGACAGGAGAAUCUCAAGGAGUCGGUGGCUUGGAACAAGGCCCACGCGAAGCCCCAUAAGCCCGGUAAGAUAUUCGGCCGCAAUGCCACUCCAGAGCUGGCAUUCGACAUACACAUUGAUGAGCAGAGGCUGCCGCCCAUCACCAACUACGAGCGCUGCAUGGAUAAACCGUUAAAGCUUCCGCCCAACUUUGUGGAGAAAAAUAAGCCUCAGGAGGCCUGGGUAACGCCCGUAACAAUUGAGGAUGAGCCGAACACAAACGGCCUGCCGUGCUACCACAAGAGCAUGCUGUACCCGCGCCCCAACCUGGAGUUCUCCCCCGAGGAGUACCUCGCCUAUUGUUUCCUGAAGCGCCGGGAUGUGCAGCAUCCGUUCGUGCUGCGCAACGACGAGUGGUGGGGCACGGGCCACACCCUGAAGAGUGUGCGCCGCUAUCCGAACUUUGCCAGUGCCUCCAAGCCGCAGCCACGCGACGAACUCGACCAGUACUGGAAGCCGCCCCUUGUUCCGGGUCUGCAGGUUGUGUUCGGCAAGCUCUACAACGACGAGGACCAGCAGGAAUACCAGGCAGAGGAGAUACUGGCGGCCAAGUGGCUCGAAAAGCGGAAUAUUACUGUGCACGGCAGCUUAGACAUGGAGGAGACUGUUUGCUUGCCCGGCAACAAGAUGCCGCGUCGCAAGAGCUUCUUCCCUCCGGCCCAGCAGGGUUCAUCGAGGAAAUCCCUGAUGCCUCCCCGAGUGUCUAUAGUCCAGGAGGAGGAGGAUGACGCCGGCGAGCAGGCGACUGCUUCAGCAAUACUUCCAGCGCCGUCCCCGUCUCUAGUUGUACCGCAGCAGAGAAUCGAGUCGACUGUUGAAAUCUUUGAAGAUUCGGACCCCACUCCCGUCCCCCCCAAGGCAGAUGAAGAUAAGUUUGCGAUGCCUGCCAUACCAGUGUCGGCUGCUCCCCCACCGCAUCGCAGGAUCGAGAUAUACGAAGAUUCAGAGGAUCCUACGCUACCGUCGAGCUCCAAGCCCCCGCCGAGUGCCUUCUUCGAUGCGGAUGAGACCUGUUCCACCCAGAUGUUCAACAUGUUCAUCAAGAACCAGGCGGUGAGCACGCCCAAGGGCUCCCAAAAACAGGUGCCGGCGCGCCAGUUUGGCACUGUCCUCAAGGAGCUGCCACCGGACCCUGAGGAAGCCAUCUCACCCGCAACUGCAUCCGUCGAGUCGCCAGUGGAGACCUGUUCGCCAAAUCUACGUAAGCAACUCUCAACGAUAUUGGAGACAUCAGAGCACGGCACGCACAGCUCGGCGGCGACAACAACCAAGUCGACCAUCACAUCCACAGCCACAUCUCCGGGAUCGGGGUCGGCAUCUCACACCGCCCUAACGCUGACCGGCAGGAGUGCGAGUGAGGAAUGCACUCCAGCAGCAGCGCGCCUGCAGCGUUUGGGUGCCUCUGAGCUGUCCACAGUCGGCGAGGAACCCGAGCGACAGUCUGGUGGGAAUUUCUCACGUCGCGAACUAUGGGAGCCCAAUGCUCCCAGCGUGCCGAUGAUGAAGUCCCUGCGCUUCCAGGAGGACAAGACCGAGACCAUACCGAGAGCUCUUCCCCGCUUCCAGGAGGAUAAAACUGAGACUCUGCCCAGGCUUCCAACUGCGAUGGCGGAACUUUCGCUCCAUCAGCGCUCGGCGGCCGGUGCCCCGAGUCUGGCGCCGCAACUGCCCACGCUGGACGACGAGGACGACUUGUGUGGACUUUUUGGGAAAACGCCGCCAAAGUUUAAGACUUUCCGUCUUUCCGGCUCUCCAUUGCAGGGAAAUGCCAGCUCCAAGCGCAUCUGUGAUCAGACCACGCCAGAUUUCUUCGGCAAGUCCAUUCGAGGGGCGCCGGAUGUCAAGAGCUCCUUUGCGAUAGCCAGGAACCAGCCGGCAGCCGCACCCAGCAUUAGCAAGUUAGAAGAUUCCUUUAUGACAGAUCUCUCUUUUGUGCCGGAAACUCAGGCUGCGGCAGUUGAGUCCAGGUCCGUAGCGACGGCAAUGCCGAAGCCAGAAGCCACGGCCAUGCCCGCGCCCGCGUCCAUGCAAAAGAAGUUUGAAAUUUUUUUGGACGAAACCAUGCCAGAGCCAGCUGCUCCACCCGGUGCUGCCCAACGCAGCAGCUUUGCCUUAGACUGCACGCUGCCGGAGACGCAGAUGCCAGUACAGAAGGAUCCCAUUGAGAAGCAGGAGACUUUUGGUCCAGCCCACUUGAUGGCCUCGUUUAUGAAGGAUUGCACAGAGCUGAGCAGCUGUGCUCUUACGCUGCCCGUUCCAGUUGCGGCCGUUGCCCAUGCCGCUGAUUCCACAAGCACCAAACGCUCCUCCACCGCUCUGAAGUUUCUCAGUGAUUCCAUGUCAAAAUCGCAUAGAAAAUCGCCCAAGAAGAGUAUAGCCGGAGCUGAAAAGCAGUCUAGCGACUUUUUUGAGCUGAAUGCGGCGACGGAAAUGUUUGCCACCAACAUAAGCAUGAUCAAGAACUCGACGCUGUUGCCGCCACCAGCUGCUGUUCCCGUUGUAAACCUCGACUUGUUGGCGAAUGCUGAUGAGAAUGCGGAGGCGUAUGCAGGGGCAGGUGCAGAUGCAGAUGCAGAUAAAGAGGCGGGGGAGAUGACCAUCUAUUAUAAAACGACUCCUUUGACCCCAAAGCAAUCGAACCAUUCGUGGGCUCAGGAAGACUUUGAGACGCCGCCGAAAAAGCAAUUUAUCCAUCCCAAGGUGAACAUUGAUCAGUCAGUGCUGAACAGUACGCUGGCCGACAUCAAUAUGAAUCCGUUCAAUGUGGAUCUGAUCACCUCCCUGCUGGACUCCAUCGACUUUUCGAUGUACAUUGAGAAGCUGCCCCAUUGCCAGCUGGUGGGCAAUGCCAAGCGACUGCUUCCGGGCACGAAGAUGGAGCUGAAAGGCGAGAAAUUCGAGGUGGUCAAAAUCAUUGGGAAGGGAGCCUACGGUUCGGUCUUUGCCGGACGACACUGCAAGUCGGGUAAAAAGGUGGCCCUGAAGCAGGAGCGACCCACAAACUACUGGGAGUUUUAUAUAUGCCUGGAGGUCCACAGUCGCCUCACCAGCGACCAAAUGAUCCCAGCCUUCAUGCACAUCGAUUAUGCCCUGGUGGGGAACAACUCCAGUGUCUACAUAUCGGAGCUCUCGGAGUACGGCUCGCUAAUAAAUGUGUGCAAUAAGAUCAAGAAGCAGACCAACAAGAACUUGGACGAGUAUGUUGUGAUGCACAUGAGCUGCCAGCUGCUGGACAUUGUGGAUCAUCUGCACGCCAUGGGCAUCAUUCACUCGGACAUCAAGCCGGAUAACAUUCUGGUCAUGAGACCGUUAUGUGCGCAACCUAACGAGCUAAGCCUGCAGCUGAUUGACUUCGGUGUGGCCAUCGACACCAAGCUCUUUCCGCCCAAUCAGGCAUUCAAUUAUGUGCACCACGAUGAAUCGUUCAAGUGCAUCGAAAUGCGCACCCAGCGCCCCUGGACAUAUCAGCUGGACUUGUUUGGUCUGGCGAGCGUCAUGCAUGUGUUGCUCUUUGGUCGCUACAUGGAGGUGGCCCAGCGGCAGCCGAGCGGCAUUUGGAUGCCCAAGACAGCCCUGCCACGCUACUUCCAGCGCGAAACCUGGGAGACCAUUUUCCGAGGACUCCUCAACGUUCGCGACUGUCGCACCAUGCCCAAUAUGCAGCAGUUUCGAGCGCUCCUCAAAUCCGAGAUGGUUGAAAAGGAGAAAUACGUGGGCGAGGCCAUAGCCAAGUUCAAUAUGAUACUGCAGCAAUAGGGCUAUCUGCAUUCGAAAGCAUGCAUAAGAAUCGUGCAAGAAGCCUCAAUACUUGAGGCAUAUUCUACAUUGUCUCUUGUAUAUUCUUUCACUCCAGUUAUGGCUAACUACAAUUAUAAGUUUAUUUGUAUUACUUGGUUUUUGCCACAUUUUAUAGGUCGACAUGGCGACAUUUUAAAGGUCUAAGCAUAUAUCAAUUUUUUUUUUGAGGAACAGGCCAACUACUUUUUACUCG